UAGCCGUUGACGGCUCUUUCGGUGACGGAUCGAGUCCAGUGUUAACAACUUUAUUUUUCCCCCCCUUUUUCAUUUAUUUUUCUGGGGAAAAAAAGAAAAGCGAGCGCAAGUAAGCUGAACACAUUCUUUACCUAUUCACAGUCACUCAUAUCAGGGUUAGUGCGGCUAACAGAGAAAUAUCGGAUGUGUUUGACCAUAGCGUUGCUAGGCUAGGCAUAAAGCUAACCUCAUUCUGCGAUACAACCUCGAGACAAGUCGGGACAAGACCAGUCUCAGGGCUCACCAUACUCAAUGAGCGGACAGCGCAAUGUCAGAGCGCUCUGGGCAAACUGCAAAGGGGAAGGAAGGCAAAACCAAGUAUGCGUCUCUCAACCUGUUUGAUACAUACAAAGGAAAGAGCCUUGAAACACAAAAGCCUGUUGUUCCUCCCCGCCAUGGCCUGCAGUCUCUUGGUAAAGUUGCCUCCGCACGGCGUAUGCCACCCCCUGCCAACCUGCCCAGUCUGAAGGCAGAGAACAAAGGCAACGAUCCCAACGUCUCGCUCGUUCCCAAAGACGGCACAGGAUGGGCAAGCAAACAGGAACAAGCAGACCCAAAGAGUACCGAUGCAUUAUCAGCACCGCAGCCGGAAUCGCAGCAGCCUGUGGCUUCACAGACACCUGCACCGACCCGCCCGAGAACCCCGCCAGCUUCAGAGGCUGUGGCCCCAGCUUCAACCCAGGCCGCAGGGGCAAGGUCUUGGGCACAAGCCAGUGUUACACAUGGAAUACAAGGGGAUGGUGGAAAGGGAUCAAACCUACCGUCGCCAUUCUCUCGCGAGGAAUUUCCCACCCUGCAGGCGGCUGGCGACCAGGACAAAGCUGGCAAAGAACAGGGCACUGCAGAUCAGUGGUAUGGGCCCGGACCAAGCCUCCGCCCCCAGAACGUUACGAGUUGGCGGGAAGGUGGGAGCCGAGCCAUGGCGCCCACCCUGUCUGGGGAGGGGGCAGCGGAGGGUGGCACUGGUGGAGCUCUGGUGAUGGAUGGGGCAGCUGGGGUCCCCCCUCCAAAUUCCCAGACCCAUGGGCCACCUAGGAACCCUCCUGCAGGCAGCCCCGCCUUGCCCCUGCCCCAGCCCCCUGUGGGGCCUGGGUUCCCCGCAUAUCGAGGGAUCAUUCCCCCCUUUAUGUAUCCUCCUUAUCUGCCCUUCCCAGCCCCAUAUGGCCCUCAGGGGCCCUACAGGUACCCGCCACCUGGGGAAGGGCCCGCUCCAAGGUUCUCUCGUGGGCAGGGUGGUCCUGACAGCAGGCUACAGGGUGGCCCACGUGAUGCAGGUGGGGAAGUGGUAAAGCGCCCCUCCAUCUUAAAGCAAGAUGACCUGAAGGAGCUAGAUGAGCUGGACCACGAUGGAGACGACGGCUGGGCUGGUGCUCAUGAGGAGAUUGACUACUCCGCCAAGUUGAAGUUCAGUGAUGAUGAAGGAGAUGAAGAGGGAGAUGAGGAGAGAACCGAGAGCAAGAAUGAGUCACGUGAGCAGCAGAGGUCCCAGGACCCGCCCACUGCAGCGUCUCACUCUAGAGCCUCGGACAGUGGUGGAGAAUCCCGCCGCACCCCUCCCUGUAAUGCUGACAAUGGCCCCCAACCCCCUUCCAGCAAGCCAGGAUGGGCCGAGGAGGGAGGCAGUGGCUGGGUGGCCCAAGGAGCACCAUCCAACUACCAGGGGCGCAGGCCUGGAUUGGGUGGUCCCAGGGAGCAGUCCUCCCCCCCACCUGGGCCGCUCCUCGGACAAGGGCCCUACUCCUUUUACCGACAGGACCGACCCCACAACCAGGGUGCCUCCCAAGCCCCGGGGAAACCUGCCCCCGCACAGCAUCAGCCAACAGCAGGAGCCCCUACUCCUCCCGCCCAGCCAGGCCUGCAAGGGGACGACGAAGAUGAAACUUGGCGUCAGCGCAGGAAGCAGUCAUCCUCUGAAAUUUCCGCCGCUGUAGAGCGAGCUCGUCGCCGUCGCGAAGAGGAAGAACGCAGGAUGGAGGAGGAGAGACGUGCAGCCUGCGCCGAGAAGCUGAAGAGGCUGGAUGAGAAGCAGCAACAGCAGCAGGGUAGCACCACUGGAGGAAGUGGUAGCGGCAGUAAAACCCCCAGCCUUGAUGGAAAUUCUACCGCUGCUACUGCAGGCAGCCCGAGCCCAUCCGUGACAGCUUCCUCCCCGAACAUCAGCCAGCCAUCUUCCCCCUGUGUGGACCCCGAGGAGCCUCCAGUGCUGUCUGUCCAGCUGGGGCCCAGUCCUGGACCAAGUGAUCGUCAGAGAGCCAGCAGCAACAGCAGCUAUGACUCCAGUGCAGAUUCUCAGCAGUGUCCCCAGGCGGCUAUGCCUCAGCCACAGCAGCCCACACUGGAAGUACCUUUAGCUGGAGAGAUUAAGGAAGAGGCAGUGGGUGGCCCUCACAUUCGUGCAGGAAUUGUAUGUGAAAGAGGAGUCGACCCAGUGAAGAUUGAGAAUAUUGGAGGGGGAGCAGGUCGCCAAGCUGGUGGUCCUUCUGGCCAGGGUUACUCAAAGUACCAGAAAUCUCUUCCACCUCGAUUUCAGAGGCAGCAGCAGGAGCAGCUUCUGAAGCAGCAGCAGCAGUGGCAACAGCAGCAGCAGCAGCAGCAGCAGCACAGCCAGGCAUCACAAAGUCAACUGUCUCCCCAGCCACAGGCUCCACAGGGUCCUUCACCAGGUUCAACUCCCCAGCCGGGACCUGGACCCAAACAGGGUGGACCCCUGUAUCAGCCCAGCAAUAUGGUUCGACCUCCACCCCUACCGAUGAACUUUGACCCUCGCUGGAUGAUGAUGCCCUACAUGGACCCUCGUAUGAUGCAGGGUCGCCCUCCACCAUUGGACUACUACCCAACUGGGAUGCAUCCAUCUGGUCUUAUUGGACGUGAGCGCUCUGAUUCAGGGGGAUCUGGUUCAGACCCCUUUGACAGGCAGCAGCAGCAUCCAGGGCACCCUCAUCGUGGGACCCCACCUAUAGAUCCUAAGUUGGCCUGGAGCGCAGAGGUAUUUCCUGGUGGAGGGGAGAACCGUGGACUAACGUCCCCCCUGAGGCAGAAGCAGCCAUUGGAGGAGGAGGAUGCGGCCAAAGGGCCCAGGAGUGAUACUCCUCCGCACCGCGUACGAGAAGGUGGACUGGGACCGAUCCAGCAGCCGAGCACCACUGGAACAUCCAAUCAAACCCCUCCUCCUGUUGGCACUCAGCUUGGUGCCCAGGGAGGCAGCCACCACCCUCAUGCCUACAUCAGCGGGCGGGGAAACUACAGCAACUUCACUGACCAGGGUGCAAGAAUACCUCCCCACCAGCAGCAGCAGCAGCAGCAGAGGGGGGGUGAGAGGGGAAACCAGCAACAUGGCUUCUCACACCAGGAUGAAGGGCACCCCAGAGGAUCUCAGCAAGGCCAGAUAUGGGGUACCCCCCAUCCCCACUACGAUCGUAACGGUCGUGCAGACCUGCCCCCUGUUGAGAGCAACUCCCACCUGCAUCACCAUCACGGCCACCAUCCUCAGCAGUCUCACUUCCCGCUCCACCCCCACAAGCCAGAGAACAACCGUGACAGGGCUGGAGAGGCAGCCUCUAAGAAGAGUGACUCUUCUCCACCUCUCCACCAACCUUCCCUCUCAUCUUCCUGCUCUUCCUCGUCCUCGUCUUCUUCUGCCAGAGAGGACGGGAACGUCAAAGGGGCCGUUCAUCAUCACCAGUCGCAGAGAGAGAGCGAAACUGGUGUUGGGCACAAUGUUGGUGAAAGAGGCAACAGUGGUAACGCCAGCGGCAGCGGUCAUGGGAAACCAGAGAAGACAGGUCUGGCAUAUACCGCCCAUUCCUCCGUCACCGCUAGCCCCCCUCCCCCUCAACAUCAGCAUGGCAGUCAUAAUCAGCCUCAACAGCAGCAGCAUCCCCAUCCUAAAUCGAACCAAAGAGGAGGGAGGGAGCACAAGACAGAGACCCAGUGGGGCCCUCGGCCUGGAAGCAGCAAUAUGGGCGGCUCCUCUCACGGCAGGAGGUCCAACAACGCAGGGGGUGGGAACAACUCCCGUGGCGGAGAAGACUCCUCCAGCGCUCCAUCAGAUCACAAACCCUCCAACCAGACAGGAGGGGGCAAUGCCAACAAGAGGGCUGGGCCGAUCAAGAAGCCAGUGCUGAAGGAAAUGAAGCGAGAGGGAGGGGAAGUUGAUGGUGGAGAAAAACCCAGCCUCAGCUUUGGAAAAGAUAAAGAGCAAGAUGGUGGACAGCCCACCUCCAUGAAGCAGGAAGCCUCCUCCGUCUCCCAUAACACAUCUGCUCCAACUAAAGAUGAGCCAACCCAGACAGCCAAACCGAGAAACGGAGGAAGGGAACGGUCUGAUCGAUCAGGUGGAGGCGGGCCAGGCAGAGGCCCAAAAGAUGGAGACGCAACUUCAUCGGGAUUUUCUGGGUCCAGGAGGGACAGGGACCGCUCUUUUGAAAGAGGAGGCAGCAACUCCCACCACGGAGUUCCCGCCAAAGGUAACAGAGGCAGUCGAGGGCGCGGGGGAGAAUUCUUCGGGCGUGGCCGUGGUUUCCGGGGCACCUACACGGCCAGCGCUGGACCCACGGGGAGCAGCCGUGGUAGGAUGGGAGGCAGGAGUGGCAGAGACUACAGGUCAUCGGUCGGUGGUGCCCACCACCAGGAAUCCAAGGGCGAGGGAGUCGGUGGCAGGCACGGUCAGGAUCGAUCUCAGCAUAACCCAGCCAGAGCCAGAAACCGUAGUGAAACCCGCAGUGAGGGUUCGGAGUAUGAAGAAAUCCCCAAGAGAAGGAGGGAGAGGGGCUCAGAGACUGGCAGUGAGAGUGGUGCGAGUGACCUUGGUCCCUCAGACAAAGAAGAAAAACCCAACACCAAGAAUGGCUCCAAUAAUAGCAACACAGCUGGCAGCGGAAACGUUUCAUCUGCACCACCCAGAGGUUCCCAGGCUCGUGUCUUCACCCCCAGGGGUGUGCCAUCCAGGAGAGGCAGGGGCGGUGGAGGUGGAGGAGGAAAUAUCUACAGGAGUAGUGGCAAUAUUGGAGGAGCGGCUGGGGGACACCGGGUUGGACCUAGCUCUGUCUCGCACGGUGGGUCUUCCAAAUCUUCAGCUUCAGCCCGGAAACAGCAAGGUCCGCCACAAAGCGCCGGACCCAAAGACCUGGGUCGGGGAGGAAACGCUGGGGAAAAGAAAGACAAGGUAGCUGAAGGAAGUCAAACACAAAAUCAGGGGAGCAACCCCCCUCAGCCGUCUCUACCUGCUGCGACCCCCGCUGCUCUGGGUUCCAGUGAAAACGGAGGCGUAGCCACUCAGCAAGCUUCCACCAACCCAGCGUCAAACUCUGGAGGUCCAAACGCGCUCCCCCUUCCCACUAACCGCGGGUUCCCUCCCGGUGGGUUCGAACGCCCCCCGAGACGCCGUCGUCACGGGCGUUCCCAGCACCAGCAGGACAAACCGCCCCGCUUCCGGAGGCUGAAGGAGCGAGAGAACGCCGCACGCAUCAAUGGAGGAGUGGGGGUCAUCGGAGGAGGAAGACCCUCGUCCCCCUCCCUGAAUUCAGUACAGGACAGUAACGGAGCCCCAAACUCUGCUCCAAUUACAGGAAAUGCCCAAAAUGCUAACCACAACGCCACACUAACAAACAACAACAGUGGUGGAGGCCAUCUUAGCAAUGCAAACAGCCACCACCACCACCACUACAACCAGGGCAAUGCUGGUCCCACCCACCCCCAGCACCCCCACAGCCACGGAGCCAAGUCUCCUGACUUCACCAACCAGAACUCAGACCAAGCCAACGAGGAAUGGGAAACCGCUUCGGAGAGCAGCGACUUCACAGAGUUCAGAGACAGGGAGGGCGGAGGAGGCGGAGGCGGAGGAGGAGGAGGGGGGAAGUCGUACGCUUCUCACCAUCACCACCACCUGGGAAGGGGAGGAGGGGGCGGCGGAGGCGGAGGCGUGGUUGACCGCGAGAUGACGGGCAAAGAACCCGCAGCAAAUAAAAGAAGCUUCUCGAGCCAGCGUCCCGGGAUGGAGCGGCAGAACCGGAGGGUCAACGCUGGAGGAGGCGGAGGCGGAGGCAGGGGCCCCCGCGGCCCGCCCGGCGGUGGCGGCGCCGGUGGGCCCGGCAACGGAGGCGGCAACCGCCACGGAGACAAACGCGGCAACUGGCCGUCUCCGAAAAAUAGGAAGUGAUGAAAUAUAAAUCAUUUCGGAUGAGCCCCACCCACAUUGAAAACCACCCUAUUACAUCUUAAUCCUUUUUGAUCAUAAUUUCAUGGCUAAUCUGUUGGCAUCCUUAAACACAUUAGUACAUUGUACAGUAUAUGGAGAUGGUAUUCACUUUCACUUUAGCUGCCCCCUACCCCCAGUCGCCUCUUUCUCCUUUCGCAUCAUUCUACUAUCUACCGUCCGUUAUUGUAAAUUUCUACCGUUUCUCCUGUCUUGCUCUCCGUUCAUUAGUGUCCACUCAGCCUCUCCCUCCUCUUUCUUUUCUUUUCUUUUUUUAAAAAAAAAACCUCCCCUCAAGAAACUCACCCCAGUUGGGUUUGACAAGCAUGUGGUUGUACAAAAAGAGGUGCACGUCGUUUGACAGAAGACAUUCACACAGAGCUCCACACAUACUCGCACAUACAAGCACAAAUAUGACAUCUGUUAAAAACAAAAAAAACAACAACAACAACAAAAAAAUGUGUCGCUGCAAAACAGAAAUGUGGGAUUAAAUUGGCAAAAAUGUUGGGAUCGGGCUAUCUUUUAUAUUUAUGUACCUGUGUAUAUUUCUACCACACUUCGGCCUUGGGUGGUAUCCAGUAGUGCAGUUCUGCAUUACCUCCCUCUCAAAGGGAAAGAGUGCAGCUUCAUCUUUUAACGAGAACAAUGUAACAUAAGAUGUUUUGUUUCUAUUGUGUCAAUUUUUUUUUUUUUUUUUUUUUGCGUUGUGUCAGUUGAGUUUCAGCCUCAGAGAAAUGUUAGGGAUGUGUGUUUUUUCUUAUACAAAAGCAGGUCAUUAAAAUACCUUUUACUAAAUUUCCCAAACCUUCCUUCAUGUCUAUUUUACUGUGAUAAGACCCAUCCAAGUUUUACUGCUCAGCGCUCACCCACACUUGCAUCGGUUUGUCUUUAAUAUCAGUGUUUCUGCUGCUUGAUCAGAAAGACGGUGUGAAUUUCUCUCCCCCCCCACGUUUUUUGACCUGCUCAGACAUUUUUCAGUAGAAUUUGGUUGCUCCUAUUUUUUAUUUUGUAGGAAUAAAGGCUUAUGUUUUCUGGGGCCUCACUGUAGCAUCCUAUUUACUUCUGAAUGAAAGCCCCCUGUUUCUGUUUACCCUAUGAAGACUUUAUCAAUAGCUUGAUGGCUUUAUUUCCUCAGAAAAGACUUCCACUUUUAUGGAACCCCCCCCCUCUCACGAUGAAAUAAAAGUCAGAUCGUAUCAAGGGAAAACUGAGGUCAUAAAUGACUUUCAUAGAAACGCUUCAGUAGGUGAUUGAGCAUGUUCUAAUAAGCACUCCUUGUAGUUUAACAAACAUCCACGUUUGCUGUUUUCUUUUCCUCUUCUUUAUUUUUUUUUCCCUGUUAAUUAUUUUUGGGCAGGUUACAUGUGACACAGCGGGACAGGUGCUCUGUCUGGGCCCAGAGUACCGAGCCAGGCACACAGUGUUGUACUAUCACACCCUCUCUGUUGUUGUCGUGUGUGUGUUUGUGUGUGUGGGGGGGGGGGGGCUCUCCUCCUGGAAGGACUUCUGUUCUGAGGAAGUAUUUUUUAUUUUCAAAGCGCGCCCACUCCUGCGCACGCCCGCGGUAUCUGUUUCCGUACGCGGUGGCAACAGGGAGCCCAAACGAAAAAAAUAAAAAAAGAAUUCAGGACUGACGCUGAACAGGUGACCCCCCCCCCCCCCCCCUCAGUUCAACGCACGGUUUCCAACGCAUAACGCCGACCCGGAGUGAGGAAACAUUGAUGUAGGACUACACUUUGUAGUUUGUGUGAGACAUAAAAUGACGGAACACAACAACAACGAAAUUGAUUUUUUUUUUUUUUUUUUUUUGUUUUUUUGGCUCAUCUGCAUCAAUUCUGUCACUGCUGUAAGUUGGGGUUUUGUUUGUUUACUGACAACAGUUUGAAGGUCGUCUCGGGGAUGUUGUGAGUAGGGCAUUUGAUGAUUUUUGUGGACGUGUGUGCGUGCCUGUGUGUAUGUGUGUUUUUCCAGUGUCUGUGUUAAUAACUAUGGGGACGGGGGGACGGGGUGGGGAGGGGAGCAGAGGGUUAACACGAUGAAUGGCAAGCACUUUCUGCCUUGUAUGCCCACAUGUGAUUUAACCAAUAUUAUUAAGACAUGUCUUCUGUCUCUUAAAUACAUCCACAUAUAUACAUUCAGCUGUGUGUGUAUACGUUCCUCGUCCAAAUGAGGAACCUGCAGCGGGAGAACUUUGCCAGUUUUCUGUGUAAUUUAAGCAUAAACAUUCUCCAGCAGGCAAGUGAAGUUGGACAUAUUUUUAUUUUUCACUUCUUCUAAGCAUGAACACGCCCAUGGGUGCAGCUUGCCUUGCCUGUUGUAACUGGUUCAUACAUUGAUGGCUGUAACACUGGCUCAAAGAGUCCUUCAUCCCUCCUUAACUCUUAAUGUUGAUGUGUGCAUUAUUGUAUGUACCCAUGUUAAAAGAAAACAAAAGUAGUGUAUUCCACACACACACACACACACGCGUUAAAAAAAAACAAAAAAAAUUACUCAAAGAUUGUAUUAUGUUUUCAGCAUUACUGAGGUACCUGGAGUGGUUGAAGCAGUUUUUAGCAUUUAUGGUUUUAUUAAUUAAUGGAACCGUAAUAUACACACAUGUAUGUAUAUUGGUAUGUAUCUAAGUUUUGUCUACCCCAACUUACAUUCCCACAAACAAAUGUUGCCAUUUUUAGUUCAAGGGAGCAAUGUACAAGCAGAGAAGUGUCUUAUUAUAAUAAAGUUAUACAGAGAAGGCAAAGUUAAAUAAACUACUUUUGAUUUAAUGGAAA